AUGUCGGACAAAGCAACGCAACGGCUUCAAGCUCUGGGCAAGGGUCUCGAUGCGCCUCCUCCUAUCAAGAUUGCCGGUCCUUCUGCGGCGCCUCGAGUACCUGGCAAGGUCGUGAUUAUCACAGGCGCAAACUCUCUCAUGGGCAUCGGUCGCGCAUCAGCACAUCAGUUCGCUGAGAACGGCGCCCGGGCUAUUUAUAUUUGCGAUUAUGCCGACGACAACCUCGAGUCUCACAAGAAGGAGCUCAACAAGCUGUACCCCAAUGUCGAGGUCCACACCCGCCAGUUCGACGCUGCCGAGGAGAGUGCUGUGAAGGCGGUCGUUUCUCACGCCAUGACAACUUACGGCAGGCUAGACAUCUUCUUUGCCAACGCCGGCAUCACCGGCCCUCACAACGGUUUCACCGACAUCUCCGCAGAUGACUUUAUGCAGACCCUGCGCACCAAUACGCUGAGCGUCUUCCUCGCCGCCAAGCACUCCGCCCCCGCCAUGGGCAAGACGUCCGCCGACAAAAAGGCCCCCGGCGGCAGCGUCAUCCUCACCGCCUCCGUCGCCGGCAUCCGAUCCAACGCCGGCACGACCCCUUACUCCGCCGCCAAAGCCGCCGUCAUCUCUGUCGCGCAGACCUGCGCCUACCAGGCCGCGGGAACCAACGUCCGCGUCAACGCAAUCUGCCCAGGCCUUAUUGAGACGGGCAUGACGUCCCAGAUGUGGGACGCGGCUCGCGCGCGUGGCACCACGGGCAAGAUCGGGCAGAUCAACCCGAUGAAGCGCGGCGGCCACGCCGACGAGAUUGCGCGGGUGGCGCUGUUUUUGGGCAGCGACGAGAGCAGUUACGUUAAUGGGCAGGCGUGGGCGGUCGACGGUGGCUUGAGCGCGGGACAUCCGUACGUGGUUGGGAAGCUUGCGUGA